AGGAGGUUGGGCGGAGGCGGGGCUUGUCAAGCGCGGCGUAGCGGGGUCUGCGAGAGGCCGGGUGAGGGGGCCUUUUAUUUUUCCGGGCUGGGUCGGGGGUUGGGGCGGCGCAAGCGCCCAAUCUUUGGGUACUAAACAGCUAGGGAGAGUUCGCGCGGGGCUCGAGGUAACAGCACUGAGGACGGGCGUUUUCUUGGGGUGCGAUGGAAAGGGUCAGGGUUGUGCAAAACCUACGCUUCGGACUGCGACACAUAGUGUGGGGUUGAAUUUCUAUCGAAUACCUGAGUCAUUUAUAUUGAAAAAAGCUUUCUUCCUUCACCAUGAUUCAUAGCCUGUUCUUGAUCAACUCUUCUGGGGAUAUUUUUUUAGAAAAGCACUGGAAAAGUGUGGUUAGUCGUUCUGUUUGUGAUUACUUUUUUGAGGCCCAGGAGAGGGCUACUGAGGCAGAAAAUGUGCCUCCUGUGAUUCCUACUCCUCAUCACUAUCUCCUAAGUGUUUAUCGUCACAAGAUCUUUUUUGUGGCUGUGAUCCAGACAGAGGUGCCACCCCUUUUUGUCAUUGAAUUCCUUCAUCGUGUGGUAGACACAUUCCAGGAUUAUUUUGGAGUCUGUUCAGAGCUAGUUAUCAAAGAUAAUGUUGUUGUGGUUUAUGAGGUACUAGAAGAGAUGCUAGACAAUGGGUUCCCAUUGGCUACUGAGUCAAACAUCUUGAAAGAACUGAUAAAACCUCCUACUAUCCUCCGAACUGUUGUUAACACUAUCACAGGAAGCACAAAUGUGGGUGAUCAGCUUCCCACUGGGCAGUUAUCAGUGGUACCAUGGCGACGGACUGGGGUGAAAUAUACCAAUAACGAGGCAUAUUUUGAUGUGAUUGAAGAGAUUGAUGCCAUCAUUGAUAAAUCAGGUUCUACAAUCACUGCUGAGAUUCAAGGAGUCAUUGAUGCUUGUGUCAAGCUGACAGGGAUGCCAGACCUCACACUUUCCUUCAUGAACCCUAGGUUAUUGGAUGAUGUCAGCUUUCAUCCUUGUGUUCGUUUCAAGCGCUGGGAAUCUGAGCGUAUCCUUUCUUUCAUCCCCCCUGAUGGAAACUUCCGCCUGCUCUCCUACCAUGUCAGUGCUCAGAACUUGGUUGCAAUUCCAGUCUAUGUGAAACAUAACAUCAGUUUCCGAGAUAGUAGCUCAUUGGGACGCUUUGAGAUCACAGUGGGGCCCAAGCAAACUAUGGGAAAAACUAUAGAGGGAGUGAUCGUCACCAGCCAAAUGCCCAAAGGGGUCCUAAAUAUGAGCCUUACUCCAUCUCAGGGAACUCACACUUUUGACCCAGUUACCAAGUUACUCUCUUGGGAUGUAGGAAAAAUAAAUCCCCAAAAGCUGCCAAGUUUGAAGGGAACUAUGAGUCUUCAAGCUGGGGCUUCUAAACCUGAUGAGAAUCCUACUAUCAACCUGCAAUUUAAAAUCCAGCAGCUGGCCAUCUCUGGAUUGAAAGUGAACCGUCUGGAUAUGUAUGGAGAAAAGUAUAAACCAUUCAAGGGCAUAAAAUACAUGACCAAAGCUGGGAAGUUUCAAGUCCGAACCUGAAAAGAGAAUCUCGGAUUGAGGGAAGAGCCACAAAUCCUUUUUUCAUUUCGUCUUACCUAGAAGUAAAGAAUCAGUCUGUCUUCUGCCCAUCAGUUUCUUCUUGGGCCAACAUUCUCCCUUUUUUCUGUGUUGAAUCUUACUGAGCCUUUAGUCUCACUGAACAAAUCAAGGGAGAAAGAAGGUCACAGGGAGAACUGGACACAUUUGAAGUUGAAUCAGUGAUAAUUUCAUUCUCAGAGAGGAGAUGGGAUAGGACAAAUAUGUUUGACUAUGUAUUUAACUCUUUAUAACCUGUUUUCUGAAGGCUUCCUGAGUUUUCUUUCUGAAGCCAGGAAAAUAGCCCUUUGUAAAAGAUGGUGAUGAGAAAGUUCAAUCAUUUAGAAAAAUGGUGAAUGUUAACCAAGGAAGGGUCAACUGUGGCCCUGAUAAAUAUAUGGGAGAGACUGAAUAAGAAAUCCCUGGAGGACACUUUUGUGUAAAGGAGGUAAUGUGUAGGAGGAUGAACAGUUUGGGAAAUAAUUAAAGACACCAUUCAGAGGAGGGUAGAAAAAAAUUAAAAUGUUAAGUUGCUUGACUUCUUAUACAUAGAUUUCUCUACUUGUCAGGUAUUCACUAAAUUUGGACUGGGGUGAUAAACUGGGAAUUUUCUUUUAAACUAAAAUGCUAAAACCCAAUAGGAAAAAAAAUGUCCUUAUAGAUUUACAAAAAUAUCCAAAUUAUUCUAAUGAGGGUCCAGCCAUUACUUUUAAUCUCAGUUUUCCAAGGAAAUAAGGUCUUCUGUUUGUAAUUGGUAGAAAAGAAGAGGAUGUGUGAGCCCCAAUCUGGUAGGAUAAGUGGCUAGAAAGCCAAGCUCUACAAUUCUCAUUCUCCUUGCCUAGCUCCAAAUAAUUUUACUCACUAUGCUUUCUUCCUGAUACCUGAUUCUCUUCUAUCUUUCACAAGGUGAAGGGGGUUGGGUAAAGUUGACUCCCCCCCCCCCAAUAUCCUAGCCUAGUUCAUUCGGUGUUAGGAAAAUGAAUGAAGGGUCUCUGUGGGGCAUAGGUUAAAGGGCUAGAUUCCAUGGAGUUCCCUUCUGAAGGAACUCAGACCUGGCUACCUGCAUCAUGAAGAAUAUGCUAGGGUUGCCUAAAGUUCACUUAGUCUUUGUUCUCAGUCGCCGGGUGACUAAGUGGCUUACAAUUUUCAUAAUUGUUCAAGGUUAUAUAUGUAUUGAUUUUGAUAUUAAAAAGCCAUGAACAUUCAUUUUUAAGCUUAAAUGAAGGUGCUAUUCCCUGUUUUCUGGCAGGAGUGGGUAGAAAGAAAUGAAAGAAAUCUAUUUCCUGAUCUUAUUUUUGCUGAUAUGUAUGUGAAUAUUCAGUUUCAUAACUCUACUUUUCUGCACUUGUUUUACUAAUGAAUAAUAGUAUAUAACUCUGUAUUGCACUGUAUUUUUCCUCUGGGAUAAACUGUGUUGUGAAUAGCGAAAUAUAUUUCUUCCCCAUGUAUCCUGGGCAUUCCACUUUGUGUUUUUAGGCAUUGUGCAAAAACAGUAGCCUGUCAUUUCAGAUCUGACUUGGGCUGGUAUGUCCUAUGUCCAAACCUGCAGUGGUGGCAUGUAAACAUUGGAGUACCCCUUUUUAGAGGCUCCGUAGCACUUAGAAUCACUUCUUCCCAGGUCCCUGAAUGACUUACAGACUUCCUGGGAUGACAGUAUAUAACCGGUGCAUCGUUUUUUGUAGUGCGAUAUAUUCCUGUUGCUACUUCAUAUGUGUGGGGUUGUAAGUCUACUAUUCCAGAGUCUGUUCUCUUUCCUCUUAGGCAAUUUGUGCUUAUUGUAGGCAAAACCCCUAAGAGGAAGGGGAGUGUCCUUCUGAAUGCAAGGCUAAGCAUAAAAAGUGACAGCGCUAGCUAGCAUCACUCUGUGGAAUGGAUCUCUGGAGCACGACGCCCAUCAUGCCAGCCCCAGUAAAUGAUGCACAACUCUCAGCAGAGCUGUCAAACUCCAUGUAGUUAGCAUAUACAAAAGUAGCUGCUCACCCAGGCCUCAAUAAAGGUUCGUUUUACCAGAA